AUAUACCUCAUACCUACCAGUGCCUAUGCUAUAAAGCCUCAGGCUCUAGCAUUUUCUCGCAUCUUCCACAUUGAAGAAACAAGCACACAAGAGACAGACUGCUCCAAGUCCAUCUGUACUCAUUCAAGUGCUUCCAAACCCAUCAUUAAUUCGCAAAAGAAGCCACUGUACCUUUCAACCGGAUGUAUGCGCUCAAGAGCUCUCUCAUUUCCCUCUGUACCAUAGGCCUUAUCUGGCUGCUCUGUUCUCCUGUAUCUGCUAGCAAACUGGACAGCAUCAGCACCCCCUUUACAAUACAAGUUAACGGCGCACCCAUCGCCGCUAUCACCGACGAUGCUGAGAAUGAGACUCAAGUCUCAGUAGGGCCGAAACCAGCAGUCUUCACUUUACAUAAUGGUCGUCUUCAGUCAGGUAAAUGGCUCUUAGGACGUUCAGCGACGGAAGACCGAAGCCUUCUGCCCAAGAAAGUCCUGUGGUUCAAGCCUGGUGUAACGAAUUCUGCGGGUAUACUACCAGUCACAGCCCAUCAAGAUGAGAAAUCGUAUCUCUUGAAAUUUUCCAAUGGGUGUCUGGUAGAACAAAACGGCAAAAUCUUUGCGGCCUUGAUGGGUGAAUACAACUCAAAUUGUGCGGUUAUCAUACAGUAAAGGGAUAAGACGAGCAGAGGUAGGACAUGUGGAACUGGCAAAGAUUGCAGCGACUUAUCCGGCGAUGAACUGGACGUCAAUUGGGCGAUCAUGGGCUUAGUGGUAUUACCCUCCUGUAAGAGACGUCGAGGGGACUUGGUGAUUGGAAUUGGUUGUAUAGAGUGAUAUAUGAGAGUUGCAAUGCCCUGCUUCAUUCAUGAGUGUAAAGUUGAAUAGUAAUUACCAAGAUAAGC